GUUCCUUCCAAUUUAGGGGAAACAUGACGGAUGUGAAAAAGGAUACCAAGAAGGCCGAGGAUGUCGUUGCCCAGACUGACGAGGCUCAGGUUGGGAUCGUGAUCAAGGUUAUUGGUCGCACCGGCUCCCGCGGCAACGUGACUCAGGUUCGCGUUCGUCUCAUGGCUCCCGCUGGUUCUCCUGAUGCGAACCGCACAAUCGUGCGCAACGUGAAGGGCCCAUGCAAGGAGAACGACAUGCUAUCCCUCAUGGAAACUGAACGUGAGGCCCGCCGCCUGAACUAAUGGGGUCAUUCUAUUUCACCUUAGUUCAACAACUGCUUUAGCUUCACAUAUAUUUUUUUCCUUUUCGAAUAAUAUCAAUGUUAUCA